AUGGCUCUAGCCAUCAGCACAUUUUAUCAACAAGUCCUGAGAUAUCAAACCGUCUAUCCAUAUACCAAGGAUGCUUCGCUACCAGUAGCACAAUACAUGAAUGGCUCGGACUAUGCGCAGAUCGGGCACGAGGGAAGUACAUCUGGCAUUGAUUCUUCGUUGCUAGCUGCCCCCUACGUCGCACUCUUCAAUCCUCUCAAUACCACAUUCUCAGCAACAACCUUGACACAUUGCAGUUCCAGCAAUUGCACAUUUGAGCCAUAUCAGACUCUGGGUAUUUGCAACACCUGCAAGGACCUGAGUUCUACCCUCACGUCUACAAAGAUUCACAUGGAUCCCCAUGACAAUCCAAUCACUGCUUACAAAACCAACUACCAUACACUUUCCAAUGGCUUUGGCCUUACUGGCAUACAGCCCGGCGAUUGGAUCAACCAAGUCGACUUCGCAACCACCCUCGGCAUGUUGAAUAUCACAACCAACCCGAUUGCAGAUUUGGACUCCAUUGCAUUUACCCAAAAUGGCUCGAAGCUCCUCAACAUAUUCGCAGUGGGCGCAGCACCAGCCACCAUCCCAGAACAACCAGACUCGAACUACUCAGCCAGCUACAUGACCAAGCCUCUCGCCCAACCAGUUGCGUUCGAGUGCCUCCUCCAAUUCUGCGUUCGCAACAUGCGCGCCGAUUUCACAAAUGGAACCUUAUACGAAACCGAGAUCUCGACUUGGACUGAUCAGACUCAGCCUGUGCCUACGUCCAAUUUGGACAUUGUACUCCAACCGCCAGGUUCUUCAACCACAUUCGUCGCGACCAAGGAGGCGAUCGAUGGAACGAACACCUGGCUGUCUUCUCUCCUAAUUGGAUACGCGACCAUCGAUGCCCGUCGCGGCCACAUUGAAUCUCCCGCGUACUCUUCAGUCCUGACUCAACCCUUGUUCUCGGCAAUGAAUACCACGGUAACGGGGUUUCCAGAUAUGAUGGAUAAUCUAGCACACAGCCUGUCACUGAGUCUCCGACAGAUCAAGUAUCAACCUGUCGUUCAUGGAAAGGCUUUUUCAUCGACCACCGCCGCCGUUGUGACGUGGGCAUGGCUGACCCUGCCACUGUUCGAGCUCGCUGCCAGCCUGAUAUUCCUCAUCAUCGUCAUGAUGAAAACCAAUAAGGAAGGAUUGUCUCCAUGGAGCAAUAACAUUCUUGCAUAUCUGUUCCACGGUCUGAGUGAGCGACCUUCCAACCGACGUGUCGAGGAAAGUCAGGGCGAUAUGGAAGAUUCGGCCCGCGGGCUGCUAGUAGAAUUUCAGCGCCAUGAAAACGGUGGCGGGUUGACACUUGCAAACCCAAAAGACUAG